AUGAGUUUCUUGUGGAGCAGUAUCUUUAAUAAACCGCGGCUGUGCCUCUCUUCCAUCACAGCAGCUCCAUCCCCCUGCCGGCUGCUCCACGUCGGCCAGCGAGCUUCCCUCACCAAAGCAUUCUCCUCUCGCGAUGUGGAGCUGUUCGCCGAGCUGACAGGCGACAACAACCCACUCCACCUGGACCCGGCCUACGCCAGAACCACGUCCUUCGAGAUGCCCAUUGUCCACGGCGUACUGAUCAACGGCCUGAUCUCGGCCGUGCUCGGUACCAGGAUGCCUGGCCGUGGCUGCGUCUUCUUGUACCAAGAGAUCCGCUUCCCAGCGCCACUUUACAUCGGUGAGGAGGUGCUGGCUGAAGCCGAGAUCCGCAAGAUCAAGAUGUCAUUCGCCUUCAUCGCUGUGACAUGCACGGUCAAGGAUAAGGUGGUGAUGGAGGGGGAGGUGAUGGUGAUGAUGCCCGAGGAGCAGCAGCAGAAGGAGUGAGAGGACAGUUACAGUGAUUAAAGAUGGCUGCUGCAGCACUCACAGUGCAGCUGUGCAGCUCCUGAGAUAAUUUGGUUGUAACUGUUAUUUUUAUUUGAUGUGUUGUUUAUAGAUUAUUGCCUGGAAACAUCAAGUGCGUCUGGACAGAGCAGGUACCAGAUAGACGUGUCAAGUCACUUCAUGUUUAUUUUGUUUAGCGUGUUUAAUUUGUCAGAUCUGCUCUGUAUUUUGUUUAAUGUGUGAAAUGCUGUGAGUGGAAUAAAAACGCACAACAAUGAA